AUGGAGGUGUUCAGAGUGAAAGGAGUUUCAGUAUUCCAAGAUGUCCAUUUGAUGACGUUGGUCGGCAUGGGAUUUAUAAUGGUUUUCUUACGGCGAUACGGUUUGGCUGCUCUCUCAAUUAACCUCCUGUUGACCUCUCAUGUUAUUCAAUGGGCACUUAUUGUGCGCGGUUUCUUCUCUUCUGAGUUCGCCAAUGUUGGACGUUUCGCGAUCUCUAUCCUUGACUUAAUUACUGCCGAUUUCGUCGCUAUUACCGUCCUCAUCACGAUGGGUGCUGUUUUGGGGAAACUUACUCCGGUGCAAUACAUGGUGAUGUCCGCUAUCGAAGUACCGGUGGCAGUUGCUGUCGAGCAUUUGAUCUUACGUUAUCUUAAGGUGAUCGACAUUGGCCGAUCUAUGGUGAUCCAUUGCUUUGGGGCAUAUUUCGGCUUAGCUGUGGCAAAAGUGAUCAACAAGAAGGAGAUGAUUACGCAUCAGCAUGAGGGUUCCAGCUAUAAUUCCAGCAUCUUUGCUAUGAUUGGUACCUUAUUUCUAUGGGCAUUUUUCCCGUCAUUCAACUCCGCUCUGGCAAUUCCCGAAGAUUCUCGACAUCGCGCUAUCCUGAACACCUAUUUAGCGCUUUGUUCCUCCACCGUUUGCACUUUUCUUAUCAGUCAGCUUCUUGAUCACGAGCAUAAGCACCGUUUCUCGAUGACACAUGUAUCAAACUCGGUUCUUGCUGGUGGUAUUGCUAUUGGUACUGUUGCAAACAUCAUCUUGGAGCCUUUUUAUGCUCUUCUGAUCGGCUGUUUGGGCGCUUUGCUCUCGGUUCUUGGAAACAACUACAUCAGGCCAUUUGGAGUUCGAGUCUUCGGAAUUCAUGACACACGUGGUGUUGGAUCGAUUCACGGAUUGCCUGGUAUUUUGGCAGGCGUUCUUGGCUUCAUCUUUACGACUGUGUAUGAGCCAACUCGUUACGGAACCGGGAACGGAACUCACAUUUUUGCCGCAAUGAACAAGGACGACGAAGGUCGUGAGAUAUUUGUGCAGGCUGGUUAUCAGCUUGCGGCUCUCGCCAUCAUCUUACUGGUUUCGAUCAUUGGCGGAAUUGUCACCGGACUUAUCCUGAGACUCAACUGCUUCAACCGCAUUCAUGACAAGGAAUAUUAUUCGGAUGGAGAAUUCAUCGAACCACCCGAGGACUACGAUUUCACCACCAGAAUUAUCUCAAAAAUCGACCACAUCGAAUUAACCGAACAUACGGCACUUAAGGAAUCGUCUUCUUCUGUCAGACCAGCCAAUCCCUGA